AUGGCGGCUCCUACUCAGAUUGCUUUUCGUACCCUGAAGGGAAUUGGUCUCUUGGACGCCUCGCCCUUAUACCAGCCCGUGCCAGAAUUUGAGAGACCGGAAGGAAAUCUUCGUUGCAGCGCCUAUUCACCUUGCGGACGGUAUUUCGCAUGGGCUUCUCCGGAACGCGUCACCAUCAUAGAUCCUUCCGUUGGCCACGUCAUCACCACCCUACCCGCCGACAAUGUCUUCGAAUUGGGCUUUUCUCCACUCGGCACGUACGUGAUCACUUGGCAACGGCCGUCGAAAGACGAGAAUGGCGAUGCUGUCAAAAAUCUAAAGGUGUGGAGCGUCGAGGCACAAGCGAGAGAGGGAGGAGUUGGCGAGAACGCAGUGGUGGGUCGUUUCGUCCAGAAAUCGCAAACCAGUUGGAACUUGCAAUACACGUCUGAUGAGCGCUACUGCGCUCGGGUUGUGACCAACGAGGUUCAAUUUUAUAAGACCCAUGAUCUGUCCAACGUGUGGAAUAAGCUCCGCGUGGAGGGAGUCUCAGAUUUUGCCCUGUCUCCCGGAAAGAGCCAGGCAAUUGCCGUCUUUGUGCCUGAGCGCAAGGGACAACCGGCAUCAGUCAAGGUUUUUGUGGUUCCGCAGUUUAACAGCCCGGUCUCACAGAAGACCUUUUUCAAGGGCGACAAAGUCCAGCUCAAAUGGAACAACUCUGGCACAUCUAUCAUCGUCUUGGCGCAAACCGACGUUGACAGGUCUGGCAAGAGUUACUAUGGCGAGACGACCCUUUACUUGUUGAGUGCAAGUGGGGCUUUUGAUUCUAGAAUCGAUCUCGACAGAGAAGGUCCCAUUCAUGACGUGACGUGGUCCCCCAACUCGAAGGAAUUCGGAGUUGUCUAUGGCUACAUACCAGCCAAGACCACUAUUUUCAAUUACCGGGGUGUUGCAACCCAUAGCUAUCCUUUGGCGCCGCGAAAUACGAUUGUCUUUUCGCCACAUGGCCGCUUUGUGGUUGUCGCGGGAUUCGGCAACUUGGCGGGCCAAAUGGAUAUUUAUGACCUUGAAAAAGGGCAUCAAAAAAUCACCACCAUCGAAGGCUCUAACGCCACCGUUUGCGAGUGGGCGCCCGAUGGAAAACACAUUCUCACCGCCACUACUAGCCCUAGGCUGCGAGUCGAUAACGGCGUGCGUAUCUGGCAUGUUAGCGGCGCUCUUCAGUACAACGAGGACAUGCACGAACUUUACCAGGUGUGCUGGCGACCACAAGGAUCCGUGGAAAGCCCAUUAGGGGAUCCUUUCCACCCUCUCCCUACACCUCAUGCCUCUGCAUUGGACUACCUUGCCAAAAGGAAGACUCCUUCAAAACCGGUUGGGGCCUACCGACCACCCGGCGCUCGUGGACAGACAACGUCUCUCGCAUUUAAACGAGAGGAUGAAGGUGGAGCUGCCUUCAGCAGAGACGGGGGUUCCUCUUUCGGAGCCGCGCCCGUCAAUGGCUUUGGCAAGCCACGGAGACGUGAUAUUCCCGGUGCGGAACCAGCCGAAUAUGUACCGCCAGGCGCAGCUCCCGGUGGUGGAGUUGCUCUACCUCCGGGAGCCGAAGUGGCGGACGAGAAGCUUUCCAAGUCAGCGGCAAAGAAUAAGAAGAAACGAGAAGCCAAGAAAGCCAAGGAGAUUGCGGAGAAAGAGGGAGGAAAUCCAGAACUUGCUCCGCCCGCCAACGGUUCCCAGCAUUUGACUCCAAGCCCCGAUCGCCGCGAGAGAGGAGGACAGCCGCAACAUCGCUCGAAGAGUCGGAAUCGCAACCGAGCCGAAAGCAAUGCUAAACCUCAAGCAAAUGGCGCAGCAGCAGCAAGCAAAGCAAAACAGCAACAGCAGGCUCCUGCUCCAGCUCCAGCCCCGGCUGUAGCAGUGGUAGCACCAGAAUCGCCCAUCAACAACACAACGCAAGACAAGCGAAUCCGCGGACUGUUGAAAAAGUUGCGUGCCAUAGACGAGCUGAAAAUGCGGUUAGCGUCUGGUGAGAAAUUGGAGGAUACACAAAUGAAGAAGAUCCAAACUGAGGAGUCGGUUCGGAAAGAGUUGGAUGGGUUGGAUUAUUCUGGAUAA